AUGGCCAGACUUGCGGCGGAUGCGCAAGCUGACGGGCCAGUACUUCUAAGGCAAAUCCUCCGCUUCGUGGUGCCAGUUACGGCUGCCUAUGCCUUAGAAGGCGCAGCCACUGUGGUGCCAAUAUGGGCCGCCGCACAUGGUGGCAGCCCGGAUGAAGCGGAAGCAACGAUGCGAGUCGGCGCCGUAGGUUUGGGCAACACUGUGGUGGUGUGCGUGGCCAUUGUCAUCAAAUCAGGCUGGUCAGGCGCACAAGACACGCUGGUGUCGCAAGCCUACGGUGUGCAAGACCACCGGAAAGCCAGGGAGCACCUCAACUGUUGCCAGAUUUGGAUGCUGCUGUUGUCGGCAGCAUGCACGUUUCUGCUGCUACAGACGGAGGCGCUGCUUGUUUGGAUCAACUGUGCGAAUGAGGAGCUCGCUGCGGAGACGUUCAAGUAUGUACUCGCCUGUGUUCCUGGAGUUUGGCUGGAAUUUCAGUACGACUCAUUGAGGAAGUUCUUGAUGAACCAGCAGAUCCCGUCGCCAGGUCUGUGGGUGUUAUGUGCGGCCGUGCCAUGCCAUUUCAUCAUGUGCGUUCUGCUACUUGAAGGGACUUCCGUCGAUCCGCUCUUCGCAAUUGGGAUCGCCUUUUCCGUGAAGUCUGGGCUGUCUUUCCUGCUGUUGGCAGGCUAUUUGACAUGGCUACUGCCAACACCCAGCUGUGUGGGCUGGUGGAGGAUCUGGGAGUCAUCCGCGCUCACCUGGAAAGGACUGGCAUCCUAUGCAGUCAUUGGCGUGCCUAGCGUGGCCAUGUACGGCUUCGACUGGUGGGCCUACGAGAUCUUGACCUUGCUGGCCGGUGGCCUGCACAGCCAGACCCAGCUCGCAGCACAUGUCGCAGCAACAAGUGCUUCGGACUGGGCAUUCCUGAUGGUCAGGGGUGCUCCCAAAGCUGCAACUGCUUUGGUCGGGGCAGCUGUGGGCCGAAAGGACUUGGACGCAGUCUUCGUCGUGGUGCAGGCAUGCAUGAAGCUGACGAUCAUCAUGUGCGGUGUACUUGUGUCUGGUUGCUUGGUUUGGCGGCAUCAGUUGGCCCAUGCACUUCUCCCUGACGAAGCUUCAACUCAAGCAAUUUUUCUACGUUUACUUCCCUGCGUACUUCUGCAACUCUUGGCCGAUGGGGUCAACAGUUUGUGCAGCGGGGUCUUCGCUGGAUUGGGGCGGCAAGGAGCAGUAUCGGCAGGAUUGUUUGCGUUUCAAUGGGUGGUGCAGCUUCCUGGAGCUUGGCUGCUGGGGUUUCACUACGGUAUGGGAGCGCUUGGCUUGCAUGUCGCAUCCUGCGCCACCUCUAUCUUGAAUGUGAUCUACAAUGGUAUCCUUAUGAGGUACUGCUUGAAUGCUCUUCGGGCGCAGUGCGUGCCUGUGAAGGAGUACGCCAUGUUGAGGGUGAGCGCUCACGACCAUCAAGCGUGA